CAUUCGCAAAAGUUGAUCUAACUCUGAUCAUUGAUAUCAUUGAUAUGUACUACGGUUCAUACUCCGUGGACAGGAACGAGACAUCUUCGCUAUCUCAUUAAAAAUUAUGAUACUGCAUAACAAUAAUGCACAAUGGAAGCAGACUCCGAUACUCGGUCUGACAUAGACCUGUUAAUAUUGGACUACCUACUUUGCACCUCCAUGUACAGAUUGGUAAACACCAGCGGAGUGGCAGCUCAGGAGCAGGCAAACGAAUGCGACCUUGAUUGCCAUAUUUAUAUAGUACACGCCAUUGAAUCAGUUCUUCCAAACUCUGGGCGACUCCCAGAUGACAUUCAAGUCAAGGUCCGACUAUUUGAAUUUGCCAAUACCUUCCGAUGUUAUCCAGAUGGAUGUAUUACUUCUCAGGCUCGCGAAUCCCGAUUAAGUUUUAGUAGAAAUUGGCCAGAAGAAAACCCAAUUUCACUUUCUGAGUUGGCCGGGUCUUUCAUAUCUCUCUGCUACGCUGUUGGUGCCAGGUUAUCCGAAGCGACGUGGGCUAAUACUGCCGCGCAAUUCGUCAUGCAGGCUGCAGUCGAAGAAUACCAAAAGUCCCAGUCCUCAGAUUCUCUCAACAAGCAUAUCACCUGGGCCGAGAGUCAAAUGGCAAACAUGAAUCAAGCGUUUAUAGAGUACAUGAGCUAUCUCCAGCCGCCGGAUGGGACCUCUCUCAAUGUUCACAUGCGUACGGUUUCCGCGAAUUUCCCCAUGGAUAAGUUCAAAUGUGCGGUUUUCGACACGUUGGUUAAGAUCAUGAAGGUUCUUGAGCCGCCUGUACUGAUCCAGCUCGAGCGCGGACAGCUCUGGGGGUUGAGCCGCGCAGAGACGAAGCAAUUGAAGGAUAGGGUAGGACUCAAAUAACAACACCCAUUAAGCUAUGCAUAUUAGUGAAUGUGGUUCCUUGGUUUGAAAAGGUACAGUG